AAAUUUUACUAGAAGAGAGUCAAACAAAUCACUGGCACUUGCCGCUGCUGCAGUUUCUGAUUUCCAGAAAUCUUGCGAUUGGUGAUAGAGAAAAAAAAAAAAACGAGAAUCUAAACAGAGAAUGAAGAGAGUAUACUCAAUUUGUUCGCUCAAAUAUUUAGGGUUUGUGAAACGAAGAGUAAUCUAUAAUAAGUUUGAAAUCAAUGUCUAUCGCUUUUACUCCGAUGAUCCUUCCCAUUUUUCCUCCACAAAACCUCCAGGGCCACUUGCGCGCUACAAAAAUUUGGUUGAUCAAGGAAAACUGAGGCAUGAUCCCUACCAGGAAAGGAUUGCUUUUGAAUUAGAAAAAUUGCUUGGAAGAUUGGAACAGUACGAGAAGGAUAUGGAGGAGUAUCAUUUGAACCUAGCUAACUGGGAGAAGAAGAGGGAGAAUGAGCGGCUCAAGCUUUUGAUGGAGGAAGCUGAGCAGAAGCAGCAGCAGGGGGGCAUAUGGUCAUCAGUAAAUAAGCAUCGGAAUAGACUUGUCGAAAAAUUGAUGUUUAGGAAAAAACCUGAAAAUGUUGAACCUGGAGUGGGUAGAUGGGUUUCGUACCUAAAUAGAGAAAGGAAGUUAGAUUCUCUUGUUGGCCGUCGCCCCACUGCUCCUCCAGCCCCAAAAGGACUUUACAUAUAUGGCAAUGUUGGAAGCGGGAAGACCAUGCUGAUGGAUAUGUUUUACGGUGCUACUGAAGGAAUUGUUAAACAUCGCAGAAGAUUUCACUUUCAUGAGGCUAUGCUGAAUAUAAAUGAACAUAUGCAUAAGAUAUGGAAAAAUCAAGUGGAGGAACAAUCACUGCAGUCAAGCAUAUCCAGCUGGAUUGUGAAUCUUCCUUUUGAUAUGAAAGUUAAGGAGUGGUUAGCUGCAGAAGAAAGAUAUAAGAAAGAUAUGCAGAUGAAAAACAUCCUUCCUGCUGUAGCAGACAAGUUUCUUGUAGAACAGCAAGCAGAUCAAAAGGGGGCUAGCAUUCUUUGCUUUGAUGAGAUCCAGACAGUUGAUGUAUUUGCUAUUGUGGCCUUGUCUGGAAUUCUAAGCAGAUUGCUGACUACUGGAACUGUUCUUGUGGCCACCAGUAAUCGAGCACCAAAAGACUUAAAUCAGGAUGGUAUGCAGAGAGAGAUCUUCCAAAAGUUGGUUUCAAAAUUAGAGAAGCAUUGUGAGUUAGUUCUGAUUGGAAGUGAGAUUGAUUAUCGGCGUUUUAUUGCUCAAAGAUCUAAAGACAUAGUUCGCUACUUUUGGCCAUUGGAAAACAGGGUUGUGAAGGAGUUUGAGAAAAUGUGGUGUCAGGUGACAGAACAGUUGCAAGGAGAAAUCACCUCUACUGCUGUCCCAAUUAUGUUUGGAAGGGAAUUGGAGGUUCCCAAAAGCUGCAAUGGAGUGGCAAAGUUCACAUUCGAAUACCUAUGUGGUCAGCCGCGAGGUGCAGCAGAUUAUAUUGCAGUUGCAAAAAAUUAUCAUACUGUCUUCAUCUCUGAUAUUCCAAUAAUGAGCAUGCGAAUCCGUGACAAGGCACGUAGAUUUAUCACGCUCAUAGAUGAGUUGUACAAUCAUCAUUGCUGUCUCAUUUGCUCUGCAGCUUCUUCUAUUGAUGACCUAUUCCAGGGAACUGAGGAGGGUACACUUUUUGAUUUGGAAAGUUUCCAAUUUGAAACAGAGGCGGAAGGUGGAAAGCUUCGCAGAAAUGUUUUAGCUGAAGGCAAUGUGAGCACUGGAGGUGCACCAACUGGUAUAGUUUCCAUGCUAUCUGGUCAAGAAGAGAUGUUUGCUUUCCGCCGUGCAGUAAGUUUCCCGAUUGAUCGAAAUGCAGACACCUUUUUACCUGGAAGGAGUUAGAAUGCUUCACCCCUAUUUCCAAAAGCAACAUCAAGGGUUUGGAAAUAAUCAUUCAGGCAUUAUAGAAGGUGAAGCAUCACCUUGAUUAGUAAUUUUGCCGUACUUCUAAUAUAUAUUAAGCCUUCCAGCAAGUGUAUUAUAAGGGUGUAUAAUGUUUGUACCUCAAAUCGAUUUUUCUACUUUUCCAAUUUUAAGGUAUCGCUUUUAUAAAGCAUAAGAAAUAAAACUACAUCUUGUAAGAUUACAGUGAAAUAAAAUUCGGCAGUAACCCUUUCCUUUUUUU